UACCACACUGUCAGUUUCGUAUUAUUUUUUACACCUAAUACAUAGCUCUUUAAAUGUACUGUAUAAUAGUUAUUUACAAACGAAUUUAGUGAAAUAAUAUAAAAUAAAAUGCUGUGGAUACGGAUACGGCAGCUUAGCAUGUGUUAAAAAACAAAUGGGAAAAUGCGAAGCUGAAAAGUAAAAUCACAUUCGGAAAUGUAUAUAUACAUAGAACACUUUGCAUUCUGUCUGUUUUUGUGUGUGCGUAAACAUGGGGUUUCGGCAUGUUUCCGACGGGCCCAAUUUUAAUAUCGUCAAUAGCAAGCAAAAACGGCAAUUGGGUCAGCGGCAUGAUUUUUAGCACUAGCGUUAGCAUUAGGAGCGGGUCAAAAAUAAGUCACGUGUCUACAAAGGUCCAAACCAGUGCAAGAAAUAGAUACAGAAAGAGUUAAAGAGCACCCAAUUCGAAGGUGACAAAAUUUCAAUAAGGAAGAAAUUUGUAAUACAAGAUACUUAAUAUAUGUAUAACAGUAUAAAUGACUAUCGUAACGCCGUCGACUAAAAAAAUGGGGCUAAUUGUCAACUGGAAUUUGCUGACCGGAACUGCUGGAAAAGAACAAGAUCAGCUGUUCCUAAAGUCAAGUGGGCUGACGCCCAGCUGGAAGUCGUUAACAAGAACCGUUGGAACAGUAAACAUAGCAGAGCAGCUGAUGUCCGAGUCAAAUGCCGAUUCGAGUGAUAAGGAUGCGGCAGCAGAUUCUUUGGCCGUACGUAUUAAUUGCAUUAAGAAUGGAUUUGCGGAUCAUAAUAUGAAUUAUGAUAAAUGGUUGGGAAAGUCAGUUACCCUAAGUCAGCAGCAGCAGCAGGAGUCUAGAAACAGAACAAUAACGCCACCGUCGACUUUUGACAAAAAAUAUACGCCAAAUGCUCGAAAACGAAAUCAACCAACGACCACGCUCUUAAAGCCAGCGACGAUGCACCGAAAGACCAAAAGUAAAAGCAAGAGCCACAAGAAAACAAUCCUUGCCAAUCCAACACCACCUACAACAACCACAGCGAAGAUUUGUGCUAGCCAACAACAAGAAGAACAACAGCGUAUUAAGCAUUUUAAUGCAACGCAGCUCAAGAACCAUCAAUUUCCGCGACUCCCGCAGUCGCCGGCAACGGGAGAGAUCGCUGCUGAGCGAGACUCCGGCGAGAACAGUACGAGAGGUAUUAACAUAAGCAAUAAGAAGAAGUACCAUUCCGUGCGCUACAAAAUGUUAGUUCCAUUACCCAGUCUGGGUGCCACGUCCCUUGCCACGCUUUUGACGAUAAUUUGCAUAGAAACUGUCCUACUGUCCACAAUGUCUAGCUGCGCUAAAACUUUCUAUAUGCAUUGGAAUACAUCGAACAGCAUAUUUCGGAUCGAUAAUACAGAUCAUAUUAUUGACGUGAACAAAGGCAAUCUAGCAUUCGAGUUCGACCAGGUACACAUAAUAUGUCCAGUGUAUGAGCCCGGCGCAUUCGAUAAUGAAACAGAGAAGUACAUCAUAUACAAUGUGUCUAAAGUGGAGUACGAAACAUGUCGCAUAACGAACGCCGAUCCGCGAGUAAUAGCUAUAUGUGAUAAGCCUCAGAAAUUAAUGUUUUUUACGAUAACUUUCCGGCCAUUUACACCGCAGCCAGGUGGUUUAGAGUUCCUACCUGGAAAUGACUACUAUUUCAUUUCGACUUCAUCAAAGGACGACUUAUACCGUCGCAUAGGUGGCCGCUGUUCCACAAAUAACAUGAAAGUUGUGUUCAAAGUGUGCUGUGCGCCCGAAGAUAAGAACAAGACAACGGAGAUAACAACAAUGUUGGGAAAUGUGCCAGCUGUGGACAGUGGUGGAACGAGCAAUAUACACAAGGGCGUCGAUAAUGCGGCUGUUAAUAUUGAUCCGAAUCGAAAUAUGAAUAGCCCGAAUGGAAUUCAUACAAUUGGCGUAGGCGUUGGCAGCGGAUCAGCAGCUGGUGGCGGUGGUCAAAUGAAGCCCGUCAAUGGCGCUGGCACUUCGAUCAAUACAAACAUUGAUCAGUUCAACCGCAUACCCAUUCAACCGAACUUAAUAGCUGGAGGAGGCGGAGCUGUAGGGACAGGAGUAGCAGGGGGAUCUGGCAUAAUGCACUCACCUGGCCAUGGCAGCAUAAAUAUGCUGCCACCUGGACGAGGCGGCAUUCACAUGCCAUACCCCAACCAUCAUCAUAUACAGACUGGCAUACGAAUUAAUAAUGUUCCAACGCAACAGAAUAAUCAGCAUCCGCAUCACAAAGGCAAUCUGAACAAUAUGAAUAGUAAUGAUGAUCAUCACAAUUAUGACAAGCAUCCAAACGAAGUAGUGAAAAACGAAGAGCUGACCUACAACAGUGGAUCCGGUCAAGCGACGCUUAAUCGCCCUAUCGAUGUCUAUUUGUGGAGCUGGAGUUGGCUUCCAGGCGGCACUAUUACAACAACAAUCCUGAUCGCCGCCAUAUUCUACACAUUUCAUUAUUUAUUUUGGACACUAAACAACACAAUGGCUCGUCGUAUUGAAACACUUGGUAUAUAUCGGUGAAUAUGCUGAACGUGCUGGAUGGCUGAAUGUUGGAUGGCUGACUUGGCUGAAGGAUAUCGAUUUGAAAAGGCAUCAUUUUAUAACAUCAGACUUGCGGCUCUCAUAUUAUUAGGGCGUACUCUAUAUAAAUAUAUUCAUACACAUACAUUCUUAUGUAUUUCGAAUAUAAGAUCGAUUGAAGAAUCUACAAACAGAAAGAUAGAGAGAGAGAGAGAGAGAAAAUAAUUGAUGAAAAGAAGGAGAAAGGUGAAAAUAGAAUAAAUAAGUUUAAAAAUGAGGAAGAUAUUUCAAGCGCAUUAAAACAUAGUUUGUAGCGAUAUAAAUAUAUAUUAUUUAACUUAAUAAGUAAACAAAGAGAAUGCCGAUUACAGAUUUAAGAUUGGAGUAUAUAGAUUAGGUUUGCCUUGGCAUCUGACGAUUGUAUUGCUCGCGUUAAACUCAAAUAAUGUCCCUAUAAAAAUAAACAGCUCUUGUCUUUAAUAUAAUUGGUAUAAAACAAAUUUUACAUAUAAAUACAAGUUUCCAGAUUAGUUUUAUUGGUUCUAAAUUUUGUUGAUUGUUUGACCGAAUUUCAUUCUGUAAAUAUCUUCUAUUUAUUUUUUAUUUAUUUUUGUAAUUUUUCUGUAUUUAUGUCAGAUGUAAAUCGAUUUAUAUCGGGCUAAAGGAGCUAAGGAGCUAGACUUAUUACAUUAUCAGUAUAAUUAUAACUCCAGUACACUAAAGUAAAAUUCUCUGCAUCCUCCUUGCAAGCCAAAAAAUACUCGACAAUCGAGCGCCCUUUCAUUUCAUUUAAGCGUUUGUAACCUUUUAUAAUUUUCUUUGUUGACUUUGAAGUUUUUCAAGUAAAAUCUGUGAAUUCAUUCGAUGAUCAUCCCCGUUUGAAGUCAAAAGGCAAACUUACAUUAUAUAUAAAUAUACUUCUCGUACAAUAGCUGCCUUGUACGACAGUUUUGACUGAAAAUAAAAAUAAAAAUAAAAAUGAUAAAUUUAAUACCAUAUUUUAGGAGAAGAUUAAAACACGUGUAGGAAAUUAGACGCUAAGUAACUAAGGCCAAUGGCAAACAGAGAUAGAUACGAUAAUAUGAAACAUGUACUUGUUAUAUCAGAAAGCGUAUGAAUUUUUCGUAUUGCAUUUA